GUGAUCUCAUCGGGUUUAUUGAUCUUGGUGAUCCUAUGACAAUUUAUGCCUGUCUGGAUAAGGAAGAUAGCGUUGCCACUCAUGCAUUGGCAUUUCUUGUUAGAGGUUUAGCCACUGAUAUGAAACAUAUCAUUGCCUAUUAUUUUACAGGGAAUGUCACUUCAUACCAGCUAAUGCCCAUUUUCUGGAAAGUUGUGUCAACAUUGGAGCUGUCACUGGAUCUUUGGGUGAUUGGUCUGGUCAAUGAUGGUGCUUCACCAAAUCGCAAAUUAUUUAAUCUCCAUAGCACGUUGGCUGGUGAAGAUGAAUGUGAUGUUGUAUAUAAGACUUUAAAUCUUCUUGCACCAUCACGUUUUGUCUACUUCUUCACAGAUUCUCCACAUUUACUGAAGACAGCUCGAAACUGCUUGUAUAAUUCAGGAUCAGGGUCACACAGUCGAUACAUGUGGAACAAUGGCAAAUAUCUUCUAUUUAGUCACAUAGUAGAUUUUUUUAUCAGGAUCAAGCAGUUGGGCUACACGUGCUUCCAAAAUUGACACUGUGAGUGAUGAGCCAGUGCAGAAGAGAAAGAAAAAAUAAGUAUGUUUUUUCUUAUAAAUAUACAGUGAUUGACCAUUUAUUGUUGAAUUUGCUAUGUGCUCUACCUUACAUAUUAUUAUUAGAGGGCAUAAAGUACAGAAUCACAAAAUCUUUUCCAUGGGCAGAUUUACUGGGAAGGGGGUUAACCCCCCCCCCCCGAAUCAUUUUAACCCCUCUUAUUAAGUGUUCAACCCUACCAAAAUUUUGCUUCACCCCUCCUAUUUUGUGUGAAACUCUUUAACACCAACACGUAACCCCUGCUGAAGCUCGCUCAGUGGUACCUCUUCAAAUUUUUCCACCCUCCUUUUAAAAAAAUGAAAAUUUGCCCUUGGUUCAAAGAAUUAACUGUACUUUAUGUUCGGUAUUUGCUCUAGCUAACUUGUAUAUGGUAUUGACUACUUAUAUAUAGCAUGUGCAUUCAUGGUAAUUGAAAGACUUGAAAAUGUGGCUGAAACUUUUCAAACUCACAGUUCUGUUGGAAACUAUUCUACUUAAACAUUAAUUAAGAUGGAAACACUGGAAGCAUUACUGAAUUAUGAAACCUAAUUGUACAAAUUGUAAGGAAUAGAGAUGCCAUUCUUUUUUUCCUACUUUUUAUCAUAAAAUGUGAUUGUAUUUUUCUGCUUUAUCCACACAUUUUUAUUAUUAUUAAAUAAACAAGAAAUAGGAAUAGUAUGAUGGCAGGAAUGUUUGUGACAGCAGCAUAUUAUAUUAAUGGUAAAACAGGUAAUGAGCAAUGUAAAUAUAGAUUUCAUAU